AUGAGCCAACGGUCGAGAUUUAAAACAUUAGUGGUUGUCGAUCUUGAAACAACGGGAUUUAUUCAAGAUGAACCGAAAAUUACCGAAUUGGCGAUGAUUGCUGUAAAUAUUGAAGCAUUAGAACGAACAAAACCAGAAGAUGAAUUACCUCGAGUAUUGCACAAAUUUGUGAAAUGUUUUGAUCCACUGAAAUUAUUAGAUUCGGAAGUAGCAAAGAUAACUGGUGAGUGUGAAGCUUCUUCAAUGUUGAUGGACUAUGCACCGUUCAAUUAUGAAACAGUCAUUGCCAUUGAAGCUUUUCUCAGUGAUUUUCAACAACCUAUUUCUCAUAAUGGUGAUCUGUACGACUUUCCGAUUUUAUCCCAUGAAAUUCAAACUGCCAUGAGCAAUUGCGACCGUUCGCCUAUCGGCAAUGCUCAAUUAAACUAUCAAUCUACAUCCAUUCCGACAGACGAUCCCAGUUCACUGUUGACUAAAGAUGUAUCUGUACAAACUAUCAGUUCAAAAGACGAUCACAACCAGAUGUCAUUCCUAUCGAUUUCGUGCGCGGAUUCGCUUGCAUUCUUCCGACAUCUAAGUCAGUUAGAAACCGAGAAUCAAGUCAAUUCACCCGAAAAUUCGAUAAUGAUACCGACUGAGAGCGGUAUGUCAGUUGACACAAGUGAUAAAAGCUCGACUUAUAUUCCUACUCCGGAUCCUGAACGAAAUAAACCGUCCCUAAAAUUGAGCAAAAUCUAUCAACGAGAUUUCCCUAGCGGAACAUCGCAUUUAAAACACCAUCAAGCUGAACAUGACUGCUUAAUGCUUUUAGCUAUUUUGAAAAGGCAUCUGUCCCUUUGGCUCCAAUGGAUCGAAGUCAAUCAUCGUCCAUUAAACUAUUUUUCAUCCUCGUUACUUUCAACAAUUCAGUCUUCGCCGAAAAAAAUCUAUUUAUAA